AGUAACUUCAUAAACGGCGUUUGGGAUCUAUUGGUGUACUUCAAGGAUGACCCGCUGAUCGUCAAUAGCCUCAACCGUAUUGUACACACACUGACGGAACUCCUAAAAUAUGACACAAUACUCAUCGAUCAGGCGAACCGGACGGUCGGCAAGAAUAUGUCUGCCCUCGUGAGGGACGACAUCUUCAAAGCCAAAGAAACGAAACGACAUUUUGACAAAAUAAGCGAUGACUACGACUCGGUGCUCAACAGGCACUCCCAGAUACCCCGCACGAAGCCCACGGAGUGCGAGGAGGCAGCCAACCUGUUGAUGGCCACCCGUUCCUGUUUCCAGCACUUGACACUCGAUUACGUGACACAACUGUCCGUUUUCAAGAGCAAGAAACGACACGAAGUGCUCGAUUCGUUAUUGAGUUUAAUGCACGCGUACGGCACGUACUAUCAUCAGGGAUCGGACCUCUUCCAAGACUUUGAUCCCAUCAAGAAAGACACUGCGAGUCAAACUCAGAGUGUGGUUAUGGAUAAGAAUAACAACUGUUUUUCUUAUUUGAAUAUUUUAUUAAAGAUUAUUGAUAUGAGAAACGGCACCUCAGUGUUGGAGAAGCAACUGGAGGGCCGGCACACGCUGGUGGCGGCCAAGGAGUCGGUGCCGGCGCUCAUCAAAGGCGACACCAUUCGUCUGGAGGGCUACCUGUUUAAGAGGACGUCCAACGCGUUCAAGACGUGGAACCGCCGCUGGUUUAUCAUUCAGGACCACCAACUCGUAUACCAGAAGAGGUCGCACGAGAGGGACGUGACGGUCAUGGAAGAGGACCUGAGACUAUGUACGGCCAAACCCGUGCAGUUCAUGGAAAGGCGGUUUUGUUUCGAAGUCUUGUCCCCAUCCAAGAGUCACAUACUUCAGGCCGACUCGGAGGAGGCCUGUCAGGCGUGGAUCAGUGCCAUGCAGGCGGGUAUAGACGCCGCCUAUAACUGUAACAACAACGACAACACCACCACUUCGGGCGACAUCCAGAGCCUGGACUCUCAAGAUUCGUGGUGUACGGCCUCCAGUACUUCCAGCGCCAGCAAGUCUUCAACUAGUAUUAACAACUUGACCGCUGGUGGUAACGGCGCUACCGGUGCUCAAAGUGGUAGUAAACCCCCGGCUAAGCCUCCGCGUGUGACAUACGCUCAGAUUCUGGCCAUUCCUGGAAACGAAUUCUGUUGCGAUUGCCGAUCGCCUGACCCCAAGUGGGCCAGUAUUAACAUAGGCAUCACCCUAUGCAUCGAGUGCUCCGGUAUCCAUCGCAGUCUCGGCGUACACUUAAGUAAAGUGCGUUCACUGAAUCUGGACGCGUGGGACCUGGAGCUCAUUAAAGUGAUGUCCGCAUUGGGCAACGCCAUCAUUAACACCUCCUACGAGGCCAAAGUGGACGAGUCGGUCGCCCGGAGGGCUACUCCCGAUUGCGAUCGCACCCAACGGGAGCUCUGGAUUAAAGCCAAAUACGUUAAGAAAGCCUUUGUUGACAAGUCGGACGACAAACCGGACCACAAACACCUGUCCACCGAUUGUGACCAAAAGACUAUAGCAUCGGAUGUUGUGAUGAUUAGUGAUAAUAAGGGAACUGAUGAUCAAAAUAAUAGCAAUGAAUCGCAUAAUAGGAGUAAUAGUAAUGAAAAUAUUGUUCAAAUAAGUGAUGCGAUUACGAGUAGUGAUACAAAUGCGGACACUUUGGGACAAAUGUGUGAUAAAAGUGGUGCCGAAGAGGUGGUGACAACGAAGACAUCUCACGAAGAGAGCGGUUCCGAAGAGGACGAGGACUCGGAAGAAACGCAACUCAUUGUCACUACGAGUGGCGAUAAUAAACCAAAAACUUCAGCCCAAAAGUGUGAUACGAAUUCCCAAAACAACAAAAACCACUCCAAUGUCAGCCCACCGUCCGAAGCGCCGGUAGUUUGCGCGCAAAGUAGUAGCAGUAGUGUAUCGACAGGCAACUGUCCGCUCAAUACGACACCAAAUAGUGAUAACAAGUACUAUAACCUAAUGCUGUAUAACGCGGCCAUCGAUAGCGAUCUGAAGACAAUGUCUGAGGGGUUGGCUAAGGGGGCGACCAUUAACUGGCACAACACGGAUGACCAGAACCGGACGCCUCUGCAUCAGGCGAUUAUGAGCGAUGCGGUCACGGGAUGUGAAUACCUGCUCCUCAAUGGCGCCAAAUCUAACGUAUCAGACGAUAAUGGGACGACACCUCUUCAUUUGGCCACUCAGAGGGGCAAUACUGGGUAUAGUAUUAAGGGAACGGGUGGCCAGGGAUUGUCACUAAUGUGUGUGUGUCUACUGUUAAAACGAGGCGCCGACCAGUUGUGCACCGAUAAGGACGGCCACAACGCCCUCUCCAUAGCUAUCAAUAACGCCAACGCAGACAUCGUUACGCUCUUAAGACUCGCGAAACUGAACGAUGAGAUGAAGAACGACGAGGAGUUCGGGAAUAUCAGUGACGAGACGUUCAACGAAGUGGUCCGCGACUUCACACAACUGGCCUCCCAGUCCCCCGAGAAGUUGCGCCGCAAUACGACACAUAAUCCGCAGUCAAACCAAUCAAACACCACAUCUUGAGAUUCAUUAGAGACUUAUAUUUAUUUAUUACGA